ACAAAGACCUGCAGCCCCUCACAGAGCUGAGGGUUCACCUCUUUGUUAUAUAGGUUAGCUUAACGCUGCACCUGCUGCUCGCCAGGCUGACUUAAGGUGGACUGACAUUUAAGGUGGACUGACCUUUAAGGUGGACUGAACCUUUAAGGUGGACUGAACCUUUAAGGUGGAUUGACCUUUACGGUAAACGUCUGAUAGAGACAUUAAUAAAAACAAGCCUCACGUGUUGUGUACUUUGAACUCCUGAACGUGAUUAAAUGAAUCCAGGUCAGAGCGGGGUCGAUCAAACUUUACUUUUAUGAUUCAGUCAUAAAGCAGUGAGGGUAUAAAACCUGGAGGAGACCGCAGGAGGACCAACAGAUCAGGAAAGAUGAAGCUCUCUGUGUUGAUGAUGUCGGCCCUGCUGGCUCUGAGUUCAGCCGCUCUGCAGGAAGAGGAGGAGGAGGGGGAGAACCCACCGCCUGAAGAAGUGACCCACCUGAACCCAGACCUGGAAGACAGAGUCCCUGGAAUCACCGCUAACGGAUCCCUGCUGGCUCUCCUGACUCCUUCAGAGGUAGAGAAGAAAAAAUCAGGACAGCCUCUUUCCUCCACUUCCACUCUGAGAUGGCAGACCAUGAAUGGCUCUGUCCCCGUCGAUGCUGUCGUAAUGUACAACAGCUACACCAAGCGCUACGACUACGUGUGCAAAUACGGCUGCUAUGCAGGCUUCUUCAACCCGAGCAUGGGGGCUUAUUGUCGCUACGCCCUUUCAGGGAGAGAGAAGCUUGGGUCCCCGUUUGAGAUGCUGGUGAACAAAGAUAACUUUGAGAUCUUGGAGUGGAAGGGCGGUUCAUGGGGCAGAGUGCCCGAGCAUUCAGUCAAGACCUGCUCUGACUAUGACGUGUAUGUCGGGAGGAAUAGGUUUGGUCUUGGGAAGGUGCAUGCCAGACGUAAGGCCUUCUUCCUGCCCUGGAAGGGUCGCGGGAAAUGGUACAGGACCUACCAGGUCCUGACCGUCAACAAAAACUUCUACAAAGAGGAGGUGCACAGUGUCAGAUUCAACACAAAUUUUACAGUCACAGAGCAUCCUCCAGAGAUCAUGACACAGUCUACCAUCGUUAAUAAUGAGUGUCUCCAUGUAGAUAAAACAUUAACACUCACAAAAACCCACGAGAAGCAGAGUCGGUGGGACACCAGCAUCGGCACAAGGUCUGGGAUCAGCAGCACCAUCACCGCCAGGAUCCCAUUCAUCGGGUCUUUAGGUAUCUCUCUCAGUCUGGAGAAAACAAACCAGUUCUCCUCAGGAGUCACCGUGACCAAGUCCGUCACUUCCUCUGUCUCCAUCAUGCAAACCAUCCCACCAAACCACUCCUGCAAGGUCAGCUUGGUGGGGCGCAGGUACGAGGCAGACAUCCCCUUCACGGCAAUCCUCACCCGCAAGUACAGAGACGGGAGGAUCACAUCGGUGUCCAUCACUGGGACGUUCACGGGUGUCAAUGUAGAUGACAUCCACUCUGUUGUGGAUCGCUGUAGUCCAAUACCAAAUGCUAGUCCGUGCCCUUAAAGACAGCGAGAGACACUUUUUAAGAUAUGUGAUGGUAGAAAUGUGGAAUAAUGAAUGUCAUUUAAAGAGCUGUAACAAUCUGAAAUUACUGCAUGGAGGACAAAAUAAAAUGUACUUUAUUUCUACUGCUGCAUAAAAUAGAAACUUCCAUCCACACUUACAGAAACAUAUCUGCUAGAUAUAUGGCUUUCCCUCCAGAUCCUGCUCCACACUCAAAUAUUUGUUUACUAAAAUGUAUUUGUAAGUUUCAUCAAAUCUAAAUAUCCAAAAUCAGUUUGUUAACUCUGGAGGGUUUAGAGAAACCUGUGUGGAGAUAACGCUCUCACUUAAAACCACCUGAUGCAGAUCAUUUUGUACAGUUUUCUGUGUUCAUCUGUCCUCUGUUUUUUAUACUUUUUUAUUUCAUGUAUGUGUCAGAUUCUUUUCUGUUAUUGGACUCAUCUUUGUUAUAUUUGCCUGUUUGUUAAACCCUGCCCAUAGGAAAAUAAAUUCAGAGAGGAGAUCUCAAAAAUGUUUCAUUUCUGU